CAGGUUCCCCGCCCCCCCCGCUGUAAAACUCCGGCCAGGGGGCAGCCCCCGGCACAGGACCCCCCAGGGGGUAACCCCCCGGCUGCUGCCCGGGGGCCAGGCCCGGGAGCCCCCCCGAGGGCGCGGCGUCGGCUCUGCCCUGGGCCCCGGCGAGUGUCGCGCCCCCCCGGGCCCUGUGUGAGACCCGCCGGUCUGGUGGGUUGGGGGGGGGCUGGGAGCCCGGACGCCUGGGUUCCCCCCCCCCCGCGCUGUCUGCGACACGCUGGGCCGCAGGCGGGGACGAGGCGUUUGCACCCAGAGCCGGGGGGGUGACCCCCCUCCCACCCCCAGCCGUGGGGCGCGGCCGGGCAGAAGGUUCGCUCGGUCCCGCCCUGGAGCUGCCCAUAAAACCCCGCCGGGCCCGGCCCCGCCGCGACUCGGGAGCGUAAUGGACUGUAACCGGGCAGCGGCUGUUGGCCCGGACCUCAAGAAACAUGAUGAAGGGAAGAAAGUGGGGCACCCCACCAAACACAAGGACGAGCACGGAUCCUCCUCGGACUCCAGCAGCAGCUCCAGUGAGAGCAGCGGGGAGCACCAUGGCAAGCCCCACUGCCCGGGCCACGAGCACAAGAAGAAGAAGAAGGAGAAGAAGCUGAACAAGGAGAAGAAGCCGCCGAAGGAGAAGUCCAAGGAAAAGAAGAGCCACUGAUGCCAGCACCAGGACUGGCUGCGUCUGGCCCACACUGCACACCUGGCGCUGGGCAGAGACCCGGCCCGAGAGCAGGGCUGGGAGGAGAACCAGCAGCUCAGCCGGGCACCCGCUGCCCUUAUCUGUCCCUUUGGAGCCUGCCCUUUGGAGCCUUAAUUGGAAAUAAACAAGGGUGGGUCUGA